AUGUUGAAAUUCAACAUUCUCUUUACUGCUUUACUGUGUAUUGGACUGUGCCUAUCACUCACAGAGGCAAAGUCAUUUUUUGAAUUGUCAAGACUCAGUGGUCGUUCCAACCCUUCAGGUGUUAGAAAGAGCUCACCUCUCAACCAAGCUUUACAAGGUGCUCCUCGUGUCAAUCUCAACGAAAUUGAAAAUCCUUUCAAAUACAGUGGUUUCAUUGAAGUGAACUCCACAUACAGUGGCCAAAUGUAUUACGUGUUCAUGGAAGCAUUGAAUGGAAAUGAAAAUGCUCCAUUGAUUAUUUGGAUGCAAGGAGGUCCAGGAAGCAGUUCCAUGUUUGGAUUAUUUGUUGAGAAUGGGCCCUACCUUGUUGAUCCAAAUACUCUUGAAUUGGUUAAAAACAAGUAUACUUGGCUUCAAGAUCAUCAUAUGAUUUGGAUUGACAAUCCAAUAGGAACUGGUUUUUCACAUGUGAACUCCAAUGGUUAUGUUCAUAGUGAGCAACGUGUGGCCAUGGAAUUACACAUAUUCCUUACUAAAUUUUUCCAACUCAGUUUUGCGUCAAAAUACAAGAAAAAUCCAUUGUAUUUGUUUGGAGAAAGUUAUGCUGGAAAAUAUAUUCCUGCAUUUGCCUAUAACAUUAUGAAUUCUGGAUUUCCUUUCAAUCUAGUUGGUAUUGGAAUUGGUGAUGGUCUUACACAUCCCAUGGAUCAAUUCAACACCUAUGACACAUUCUCCUACAGUGUUGGCUUGUUGGAUGACAAACAACGAAGAAAGACUCAAGACUAUCAAAAUCAACUCGUUUCCUUGAUUCGAUCCGGUCGUUACUCUCAAGCCAUGGAUGUCUACAACACUCUGACUGAUUAUGUCCUUACCAAUUGCACUGGAGGAAUUAAUCAAUAUGACAUUCGUAAUUAUUUUGACACUGAAAAUGAUGCCUACAUUAAAUAUGUAGAACUUCCACAUGUGAAACAAAUGAUGCACACAGUUGGUGUGAAAUAUUAUGAUUCCAGUCAAGAUGUGUGGAAUGCUCUCUAUGCUGAUAUUUGUCAAUCGGUUAGAUAUCAAAUUGAGGCAUUGUUAGAUUGUCCUACUCGAAAAAUUAGAGUUCUCUUAUACAAUGGUCAAUAUGAUUGGAUAAUCAAUUAUGUAGGAGCUGCUCAAUGGAUUGAUGGAAUGAAAUGGCAUGGUAGUAAGGGAUAUUUGAAUGAUGAAGGUCCAGGAAGAAAACCAUGGAAAAUUGGUAAUGAGGUUGUUGGAUAUGUGCAUCAGUAUGAUAAUUUGAUUCAAUUGGUCGUGAAUGGUGCCGGUCACUUGUCACCAAUGGAUCAGCCAAGAAAUGUCUUGGAAAUGGUCAAGAUCUUUACCAGUAAUCGUGACUUUUAA